GCUGUCGAAAGCAGCUAGUCGAGGUGCGCCAUUGUUCGAGGGAAGGGGGAUUGUUGGGGGUUCCGACAAAAUCCGCCGUUUCAUGCGGCUGGUGAAGAUAUAGGCCUCAUUCCCCGAUAUCAAACAAAUAUGACGAUCAUAUUAUUUCUACUUGACACUAGUGCGUCGAUGAAUCAACGCACGUACAUGGGAACAGCCCUUAUCGAUGUCGCUAAAGCAGCAGUUGAGACAUUUAUGAAGAUAAGAUCCCGCGAUCCGAAUAGCCGAUGGGACCGAUACAUGCUACUGACAUUUGAAGAUCCUCCUGCUAAUGUUAAGGCAGGUUGGAAGGAGAGCCAUGCUACGUUCGUAUCAGAGUUGAAGAAUCUGAAGGCUGGAGACUUGUCUACUCUAGGUCCAGCCUUGAAGAAUGCGUUUGACCUGCUCAACAUCAACCGAAUGCAGUCAGGGAUUGAUACAUAUGGACAGGGUCGGAGUCCAUUCUUCUUGGAGCCAGCUGUGAUAAUCGUGAUUACUGAUGGAGGCUACCUCACAACCAUGAACGGCGUGCAAGCUGAGUUGAACCUGCCAAUGAAUAACAAUGUCCCUGGCACAGAGUUGACAAAGGAACCGUUUCGGUGGGACCAAAGAAUAUUCAGCAUCGUUCUGAGAAUGCCUGGUAGUGUGCCUCCAGAAAAUGCCUUCCCAUUUAUCCUGCCUGCCGAAUCCCACCCGAUAGACGCCAUGUGUGAUGUAACAGGAGGUCGGUCUUACGCUGUCUUCACUCAGAAGAUGUUGAAUGGAGCUUUAGAAUCUCUGGUGCAGAAAGUUCAAAGUGGAGUAGUGAUAAACUUUGAAAAAAUUGGAAACGAUCCACCACCUUUAAUUAAUGAAGGUGUUAAAGCAGAUGGCAGCUCAGAACUAAAUGGAACUCUUAAAGGCCCGGCGCUGACUGAGAACCAAGAUGCCAACAAGAUCAUCUCUGACCGUGAGAAUGGAAAUGAAGAUAAGAAACAGGUGAACUUGCAGCAGUCUCAGCUGAAUGCCGCGUGGCACAACUGCCGCAAGCUCAUCUACGUCCCACGAUCAGCUCAGAAGGGGUACUCUGUCGGCCACUGGCCGAUCCCUGAGGCAUACUGGCCAGACGUCAGUAGUCCACAGUUGCCUCCCCGGUCAGCCCAUCCCGUGUUACGCUUCUCCUGCUCGCCGUGUGAUCCCAUGGUCAUUGAAAACCUCCCCUUUGACAAGUAUGAGCUGGAACCAUCACCUCUCACUCAGUACAUCCUGGAGAGACGGCAGCCAAACUCCUGCUGGCAGGUGUUUAUCGGUAACAGUGCUAAGUACAGCGAUAUCUGUCAUCCGUUCGGCUACCUGAAGGCCAGUAGUGUCCUGAGCUGUGUCAAUCUGUUCGUCAUGCCAUACAACUACCCCAUCUUGCUGCCUCUACUGGAGGAGCUGUUUAAAGUCCACAAGUUAAAACCAACACCCAAAUGGAGGCAACAGUUUGAGAACUACCUCAAGACUAUGCCCGGUUACUAUGCAGGGCCGUUGCGACGGGCGAUGGCCAGAAUGGGUGCAGCGAACCUCGUCCCUGACAACAUGGACAACUGCCUCAGCUACAGUGUCAUCACCUACCUCAAGAAACUUAAAAACCAGGCCAAGAUAGAAAUGGACCGACUGAUUGCGUCAGUGGGACAGAAGCCACAACACAAUGAAGGAAUCAAAGUCUGCUCGAGGAGUCAGACGUCAGUGCUACAAAGGAAAGACUUCAACCAGUUGAUGCAGAACCUGGGUGGCAACAUGGCCUGGCUGAAACAGGACCUGCAGGAAUACACCACAUUCAGCAUCGCCGUACCCGACCGGGGCAUCAAACCGCAGUACUAUAGGAACCCAUAUGAUGUUCCAAGGAAAAGUCUGCUUGACCAGGUGACGCGGAUGAGAACAAAUUUCCUUCAGUCUUCCUACAUCAACACAAAACUCUGUGAUGAAGACAAUCUGCACAGUGUGCCAGUGGGCCAGAUGGGAAACUAUCAGGAGUAUCUCAAGAAACAGCCUCCCGCCCUUCGAGAGUUGGAGAGUUCGCCAGUCAGAUUACACAUGUUUGGAAAUCCAUUUAAAGUCAAUAAAUCAAACCAGAACACUUUCAUGGUGGAUGAAGCAGAAGAAGCUAUGUUCGGAACACAGACACGAAACAAGCGGUCAUCAGAAAGUCCACCUCCGUCACCCGGGCCCAAGAAGAGAAAGGCAGGCCCAUUGCCACGGGAACUGUCAGUCCGGCAACUCAUUACACCACCCCCAUCACCAGUCCCGGAGAGUCCGAAAGAAGAGGAGAUGGACUCUGAGGAUACACAGGAGCAUGUCCUGGAGGACGGCCCCCUACAGAUAGUGCUAGACAGUGAUGACAGUUCUCCAGAAAAAGUCACAAGUCCUGAAAAAACAAACAAUCAUGUGAACGAGAACCACAAUCAUUCAAACAAUGUGGACGCUAGACUGACGAACAAUAUUGACCAUGGAAACAAGAUAGGUAAUUCUCGGCGAGAGGCCGCUGUGUGCAGCCAUAACUCCAAGCUACGAAUGUCCUUGGUGAAGGAGGUCAAACGACCAGGGAAAAAUUACGAUGGUAUAUUUUCUCUGCUGAACACAGUGCAGGGAGGUUUGGAUACUCGGUGCUCGCUGGUCAGGGACGUCAUACAUGAAGCUGCAAGAUUUAAGAAGAAAGUGCUAAUCAAGAUGCUGGAACAGUUUGUGGACACCAUGGUGCAAGGGGAACCACGGAGAGACAGAUCAAACUCUUUGACUGUACCUCAUGCAAGGUGACAGAUUCUGUGGUUGCCAUAGCAACAUUUACCUGUGAUAUUUUAGCAAAGACAUGCAAGUCUCGGAAUUCUUUACUUUCGUGGAUGGAUCUCAUGUGAUUUAUGUGAUCGAAUGUUUUUGUGUUGUUUGCCAUUUUCAUCAUAAUCAGUGCUGAAUGCUACGCAAGAAAACUGAAUGCUUCACAAGAGGACUGAAUGCUUCACAGGAGAACUGAAUGCUUCACAAUAGGACUGAAUCCAUUGUUAGAGGACUGAAUGCUUCACAAUAGGACUGAAUGCUUCACAGGAGAACUGAAUGCUUCACAAAAGGACUGAAUGUAUCGCAGGAGAACUGAAUGCUUCACAAAAGGACUGAAUGCAUCGCAGAACUGAAUGCUUCACAAAAGGACUGAAUGCUUCACAAAAGGACUGAAUGCAUCGCAGGAGAACUGAAUGCUUCACAGGAGAACUGAAUGCUUCACAAAAGGACUGAAUGCUUCACAGGAGAAUUGAAUGCUUCACAAAAGGACUGAAUGCAUCGCAGGAGAACUGAAUGCUUCACAAAAGGACUGAAUGCUUCACUAAAGGACUGAAUGCAUCGCAGGAGAACUGAAUGCUUCACAGGAGAACUGAAUGCUUCACAAAAGGACUGAAUGCAUCGCAGGAGAACUGAAUGCUUCACAAGAAAACUGAAUGCUUCACAAGAGGACUAAAUGCAUUGCAAGAAAACUGAAUGCUUUACAAGAGGACUGAAUGCAUCGCAGGAGAACUGAAUGCUUCACAAGAGAACUGAAUGCUUUGCAAGGAGACUGAACACUUCACAAGAGGACAAUUUGCUAGAUUCAGGGAUGCCCAGGUUUGGACAAGUAUACUGGUUUCCAAGACAACAGCCAGUAAAAUAUUUGAGUUGUUUUCAACCAGAGAGCAAAACUUUGGAAAUCUCAUGCUCCUCCAUUUGGUUUUGACAAGAAAAUGUGCAAGUAAAAGUAAAAACUGCAAAUGAACAUUUAUUUGCAGUUGUCAUGCUCAUUUUUCUAUGAUUUGCAGAUGUUUGCAAUUUUUUUCUGAUUUGCAGUUGUCUUGCAAAUUGUCUGUGAUUCCUGUUGGUACUUAUUUCAGUUCUCAGACCUGCACUUCCUGUGUGAUGUGUACAAAACAAACACCUCCUUAACAACA